GCAACGUCUCAUCAGAGUACUGAACGGAGCACACUUGUGUCAUGUGAACAGACAUGACAAAAACAGUGCUCCUUAAGUUAUUUGUGGCAAUAGUGAUCACAUUCAUUUUGAUCUUGCCAGAAUAUUUCAAGACACCACAAGGAAGACUGUUGGAGCUAUCCUGUCUGGAAGGGUGUUUAGAACCUAACAUCACCUAUUCACUCUUAUCCUUAAAUUAUUCUUUUGUGACUCUUCUGCAACCAGUGAGGAACACUCAGUCUGUUAUGGGACUCUUGCUACAUCACUCCAAUUUCCAAAACUUCACCCAGAUUUGCCAAGAAGUCAUAAGGGAAUUUAAAACAUGCUCCCUGUGUUUGGUUUGUGAGUCCAAAGGAAAUGUGGAUGUUAUGUCUCAAGGACAAAUAUCAAAAGUUCUUACCCUGAGAAGAUCAAUGGACAUGAAAGCAAAAGAAUUCUUUUCACCUUGUCAGCAUUUUAAUUUCUCUGUAACUCCUGUGGUUGACCAGUUGGAGGAAUCCAACACUACCUGCAGACUCAGGGCACACACUAGAAAAUCAGUGAUUGUGGAAGAAGAGCCAACCAAGGAAAAUUCUCUAAAUCAUACUUGUGGAGUCCUGGAGUACUCAAAUAAUUGUACUCAUGUUUCCUUGCACCUAGAAAUGGACAUAAAAAAUAUCACCUGUUCCACGAAGAUCACUUGGUACAUUUUAGUUUUAUUAGUCUUUAUUUUUUGGAUCAUUCUCAUUAUCCACAAAAUACUUGAAGGCCACAGGAGAAUGCAAAAGUGGCAGAAUCAUAAAUACACAACUACAUCUGCUCUCUUAAGAGGAAGCGAUUCUGAGAAGCUGAGAGCUUUGAAUGUGCGGGUCAUUCCAGAGCCCGCUCGGGUUAAGGAAGUGCUUCCCCCAAUACCAGAACUAGAGGUUCCUUCUUCACUGCAUCAGUGAGAUCGAUAUUACGAGGAUGCUCAACCUUGCCGAUGAAGUCGUCCACCAAAUGAGUGCCUACUGUGUACCAGCAACUCUUCUGGCAAAAAUAACAAAGCAGUCGGUGGUGGGGCCAGAGUAGGAACGAAGCCUCUGAUUCCAGUGAAGAGUGUCAAGUAACAUAACAGAAUGUUCAAAGGGACUAGGGGAGCACAAGAGAGAGCCCCACAAUCAGUGGGUUACACAGAAGUCUGGUGAGUGGAAGGUUAAACCCCGACUUUUAUGCCUUUCUUCUAGGAUUACUGAAUGUAACAAGUGACAGAAAUCUUAUGGAACACUUGGGCUUGCAUUUAGCAGAUUUAGAAAGUAAACCACAUGCCAGGCGUGGUGGUACAUGCCUGUAAUCCUAGCACUCAGGAGGCUGAGGCAGGAGGAUCCUUGCAAGUUUGAGACCAGCUGGCGAAGACCUGGGUUUCCUGAUCCUAAGCCCAGAAAUUUAUUAUCACUACUUGCAUUGUCCUCUUAGGAAUAUACGAGGGGACUCUGCUGUGGGAGGAGGGGAAAGGACUCUUCAGCAACCCGAGGCAGAUUUGUGGUGCUCUUCUAAGACCGUUUUAAUAAAUGAUUUAAAAUUAUUAUUAUUUUUUAUCAAUUAUGAUUUGAGCAAUACUUAACAAAAGUCUUGUGUGGAUAAUGUCUGCUUGCUUUGGAAAAAAAAAAAAAAACCCUUCAGAAUAUCCCUGGGCAAACUCGACUGACCUCUCUUGAAGAAUAUUUACAGGUUUAUUUGGGGACCAAGAAGGCUGGGGGAUGUUUGGGUCCAGCUGAGAAUGCACAAAAGGAAAACAGCAGGAACAGGGAGCUACUUGAUGAGAACUAAUUCGAGAGAGUUUGUUUGACCCACGGGAGCGAGGGAGUGAGUGUUUUCAGAGAGCCACUCUGAGGGUGGAAGACAAACUGGGGAAACCCACAGGAGAACAAGAGAAUUGCCUCUUCCUUUCCCAUCAUUACACAGCUCAGAUUAUAUGUGCCAAGAUUUUAAUUUUGUGGAAUAAGAGUGAUGAAGACAGAAAAAUCCUUUUUCUCAUUGGGCCACAUUGGUGAUGCUGAUUGGGUGAUGUUUCCUAUAUGGAUGGAUGAUUUCUUUUUGGCAAAUUACUUAAGAGGGCCUGGACUGUUUGUUUAUACAUUUGUUUAUAUUUAUAAAUCUUGCCUUCUUUUGGCCUUAGGAUGGUUUUUGAAAACAAUUCAAGGAUACAAAAAUAAAAUGAAUUUUAAUGAAA